UUUUGAAGCAAAAUGGCGGCACUGAAGCAGACGGAAGCGCACGAGAUGAGACGCGAGGCGGAGUGACGACAAAGUUGUGUGGACACGAGUGGACGUGACUCUGAGCUGAGUUUUCCUUUAAGAUCAAUGAUGUGGAGUCAGAGCUUCAACGGAAAUCACCGUUACUAUGUCUGAUGUGAAGCCACAGAAUGCACGAGAGGACAAAGACGUGGCGUCAAUGUCUGACAGGCCGGGUCACACUCAGGAGCCAUUACAGAGUCACACUUUUUGUCUGAAAAACAAUGCUGCAGGCCCGUCCUCCGAGGAGCACGAAAACCCUUUAAAUGGAACCCAGCUGAUUCCAUUUGUAUACAGCAGUGUCCCUGCUGUUCCCCAAGCAGGCAAUUCAUUGCCUUCAGGAGCACUUGUUAAUGGACCUGCUUCACACCCCACCUCAGAGGUGCACCAUGUCCUGAACAAAGGUGCCGCUUCAUCCAACAAUGUCCCGGGCGCCGCGUGGCAAGAGGGGAAGAACAUGAGCCCUGAGGUGUUGCCACCACCUAGUGAGCUUCAAUCAGACGCUUGGAAAAACACAGUGGGGCCCACUGUAAAAACACCGGCCACACAGCCAUGUGUCAACACGCCGCCAUCUCACUCAAAGAAGAAUGAGUCUAAACUGGCCUGUUCUGCUCCAUCAGGUGACAGCGUGGAGCAAACGCAUGUUAGCAUACCUCACACAAAAGAAACAAUAGAAAUGAGAUCUCAACGCAGCGUUUGUUGUCCGGAAAUCUCCUCGGAUGAUUACGGUGAUGCUGAAGUAAUCAGGUGGGAUUCAACAAGAGACUGGGUCUUACAUAGUGGUGAAAAGCAGGGGAGUGGAGUGAAGCAGCACAGUAGUCAUGUAAAAAGCAUGUGGGGCUCUGAAGAAAAGGUCAACAACAGCUUAAAUCACACAUGCAGCCGUAAUGAUGCUCCAAACGUUGACAAUGCUCACAAAGAUGAUUCUGUAGUUGCACAGUGUGGUAUUAAAUAUUCUGCGUUGCCAUUCAGAAAUCAUUCAUGGAACAUGGUGUUAGAGAGAGAACAUUGUGUUUGUAGUGAAGCACAGCGAGGCUGUAAUGAUGAAAAUGACCCUGAACAUAAAGAAGGUGUUAGUCAAGAAGUAGAACAGCUGAAAACAGAGCAACUCCAUCCAUCGUUCUUUUCGUGCACAAUGUGCGACAUUAACUUCAAGGAAAAAACACAUUUCCAUAGACAUAUGAUGUAUCAUUUAGGCAAGCAUAAUCAGGUGAAGAGCGAGGCCUUUAUAUGCAGGGAGUGUGGGCGUUUGUUCUGUGAUAGGAACUCCCUCAUGAGGCACAUCAUUAUUCACCGAGACAAGCUGCAACUUAUGAAACUGAUGGAGGAAAUCAAAGGUCUCAGGAACGUGGAAUCUGAAGGCGGGGGCACCACAGCGCUGUGCCCUCACCCUGCCUCUGUUUGCAGUCGUCCAAAAAUCUUGGUCCAGCAUGCGGCGACGCGCAACAAUGUGAAGCACUACUACUUCUGUGAGGAGUGUGACUAUGUCACGCUCACACAGCAGGCACUCAAACUACACUUACAUGUCACACACCGGACUCAGGACACCACAACAGUUCAUGCUAGCGACGCCGAGAAAGCUGCACAUGUCCAGUUUCAGUGUAAAAUGGGGAUUCUGCAGAGUCAGCAAUCACACCAGCCUGGAGCUGAAGCCUUUUUCUCCAAGCGUUUCAGUGGAAAGGAGGAGACGUCCACUGUCCACUCCCCUCAGGUCAAGCUCCAAAUCAGCUGCAACAAACGGGCACCAUCGCCAUAUUUGUGGAGGAUCAGCAGGCACGGGAAUUUAUGCCUGCGGCCGGGAGACAAUCUCGACGUGCCAACUGAUCUCACCUGUGCGGUGGAAAAAGACGACGCUGAAAGAAAUGGCUGUGAGAUUUUUGGCAGCUCGGCGCAAAGGAACCGUGCUGAAACUGGAGUGGUCUUACCAUCAUCUCCAAGUCUUGAAUUAGACCAGGUGUCUUGUGAGGGAAGCACAGAAGGCCGAGUUAACCAAAAAUCUCUAUCAAUGAGGAACAUGUCAACACUUCUCCAAAGCAGUAUUGACAAAGUGAAAGGUUGUGUUUUUCCAGGUUUUAGCCAGAGGCAGAGGAAACACUCUACUGUCAGGGAGCUGGAGAAAGGCUGUGAGGGUGGCCGUAACUUCAGUGACGAGAGUGAAGGGAACCCGUAUGAUCAGAGGUGUUCCAGAAAGAGGCAGAGGUUUUCCCCCGAAGACCAAAGAACCCAUUUUCUCAGCAGUCAAGAUGAUGAGGCUGAAGACUGCAGUGACAUAGAGCAGCUCGUCAUCAAGGAGGAGUUUCUCGAAACGUCAGUGUGUGAAAAUCCACAAGAAUCGCCGUACGUGUCCAAAAGGGACAGCUUUGGUGUCUCAUCCUCGCAAGUGCUCAAACACAAGCGCUGUCCGUACUGCCCGGCCAUGUUUGAGUCCGGAGUAGGUCUGUCCAAUCACAUGCGAGGGCACCUUCAUCGAGCUGGAUUGAACUAUAACGCUCGACACAUGGUGUCGCCAGAGCAAGUGGUGUUGCAGGACCAUCGCCUGCGAACCAGAAGGAGGACCCGCACAGCAAUGAGGAAAACCAGAAAAGCAAUGAAGCCAGAAACCAGGGGGAAACAUAUGUGUCCACUAUACUGCGGUCAGUUUGAUACAAAGACCGGCCUCUCCAACCAUGUGAGGGGACACCUGAAGAAAAUAGGUAGAAGUGUCAGCAGCACCACUAAGUCCCCGCUUUGCAUCUUGAACGGACUGCUGCUGGACAAAAAGGAGCAUGAGAACAUCCUGCGGGUUCUCAAGAAGGACCGAGCUCCAGCCUCUCAGAAGAUCAGCAGCAGCACCAGCAGUCUGGACGUGAUGCAUGCUGUUCUACCAGUGACAAUCCAGUGUGAGAUGAAGAGGCCACAAGCCACAGGAGGUGGAUUUGUACCAAACCAUGAGGUGCAGACCUUCACAGAGAAGAUGCAGUGCCAGACAGAAGCACACAGAGGUAUCAAGGCCUCCUCUAGCACUUUAGCUAAACUGCUCAAGACCAGACGAGAACUUAUGGAGCUACCAACAAGAAGCAGCCAGAAAGAGUGUGCUGCCAGAAAGCUCUGCAGUGUAACACAAGAUUACAAGGAGGAGACGACAAGUGUGGAGCAAAACGACAUUCAAGGUGAGCCCAGACAGAUUUGCUUGCAGUGUAAGAGCAGCUUCCCUGCUGCUGUCGGUCUGUCUGCUCGUCUCCAUGGCGAUUCAAGCAGGAAGAGGUUUGCUCUUUUUGAAGAUUCAGGUUAUGACCGCAAACAGGAGAGACUGAGGCCCGAACAGAAGCAGAGUUCACCCUCCUUCAAUGCUCAGAUGUACACGCUCACCUGCAGAUUCUGUGAUCUAGUCUUCGAGGGCCCUCUUUCUAUUCAGGAGGACUGGAUCAGGCAUUUACAGAGGCACCUUCUGCACAACAGUGUGCCUCACUCAGGAACCAGCAUGGUGGAGGUUUUAGAGUCUUGGUCAAAAAACACAUGUAAGCAUGUUUAAUAGGCACACAAAGUUAUGCAACUUGUUAUUUUAGAUUAAUCUGCAACUGCUUGUAUACGCAUAUAAUAGUUAAGAUAGUAAAAGUAAUAAUAAUGGUCAAUGGUUAAAUGCUUAUCCAAUUAGCUAAUACAACUUGUGAUCUGUAUUCCCUGUUGUUUACAUUGGACAUGACAGCAGCAGAAAACACAGUGACAGAGCUAAAUAUAGGAAAAAGUAUAUUUUGCAUGCAUUUCACAUGAUUAAGA